AUGGCCUCGUCAACCGCCCGCAAUGGAUCACCAGGUCGCGGGAGGUCCACCAGCCCGCGCUCGCCCCGGUACUCGCAGGCCUUGGACGACAGCAAUGACGAGGGCAGCUAUCUAGACGCCCUCCCCGAUACCCGCCAUCUGCAAGCUUUUGGCAAAAAAGUGACUGCCACCGCUGGCAGCUUGAUAGGCGCCGAAGGAGUCACCCAGCACUACCAGAACGCCAUUGGCGAGCUCCACCGCGAGCUGAAGCGCCCUCUGAUGCAGCGAUCCGUCUUUUCCUUCGCCCAGACCACCCCCCGCGAGAUCGUGCGCUCGCGAAUCUCCGUCCCCGAGAUCCAGCAGCGAGCACUGGCCUACAUCCCCAACGACCUGCUGUCCAACAUCCCCGAGGACAACAGCGAGUUCUCCCUCUUCCAGGGCUUCGAGGCCUCGCUGCCCGACAAGCCCGACAGCCACGCCAACAAACAUGGCCGCCACAACGCGCGCGGCCAGAGGCUCAUCGGCGCCGGCCAAGACGAAGACGACCCCAACGUCCCGCCCUCCAUGCAGAAACUGAGGAAGCAGAGAAACGCCAUGGGCCACCGGUUGGAGAUGAUGGGCGUGCGGAAACACAUGUGUGUCGCCGAAAUACACGAAAUCGACAACAAGAUCGCCAACCUCAACACAAUGCGCAAGAUGGUGCUCGACCGCCUGGCCGGCCUUGAGCUCGAAGAGGGCGAGCUUGAGCAGGAUCUCCUCACCGUGGACAACCGCAUCGAGGACCUCCAAGAAGAGCUCGACGACGAAGCCGCCUUGGCACCCAAGACGGCAGAGUCGCAAACAAGCGAUGAACAGUCAGAAGGCAAGGGCGAGUUCAUGUCCGAGUCGAUAUACCAGAAGAUACCGCAAUCGCCAAAGACGAAGAACAAGGCCAAGAGGCUUUCCAAGAGAAUGUCCAUGCCCGUACUACACGAACAUCUGCAAUCAGGAUCCAAGAUCAAGGAGCUACCCGCGCACAUGGACUCCAUUACCGCCAUGGACUUUGACGCGCCAUGGGGUAUGAUGGUCACGGCAUCUUUGGAUGACACCGUACGAGUAUGGGAUCUGAGCGCCGGCCGGUGCAUCGGAAUGCUCGAGGGUCAUUUGUCUUCCGUGCGCUGCCUCCAGGUCGAAGAGAACAUCGUUGCAACUGGCUCAAUGGACGCUUCUAUCAAGCUUUGGGACUUGAGCAAGGCUGAAUAUGCGCCCAUGGACAACCGGAUAAACAAGCACGAUGAAGAAAGUGAUGAUGGUCUGGCCUUUGAGAACUCCGAAGACGCACCUCCUGCACCGCCAUCGACCAGCAUGCAGGAUUGCCCUCUGUUCUCCCUCGAAUCGCACGUCGAUGAAGUCACUGCGCUCCAUUUCCGCGGCGACACUCUGGUUUCUGGCUCAGCUGACAAGACACUACGACAGUGGGAUCUGGUCAAGGGACGCUGCGUUCAGACGCUUGAUGUCCUUUGGGCGGCAGCUCAAGCAACCGCUACAAACACCUCUCAGAGCACAUGGCGACAGACUGGACGCUCCGCCGAUUCCUCUGCCGACUUCGUAGGCGCUAUUCAAGUCUUCGAUGCCGCACUGGCCUGUGGUACCGCAGACGGUAUGGUACGCUUAUGGGAUCUGCGAAGCGGACAAGUACACCGAAGUCUCGUCGGCCACACAGGCCCUGUCACAGCUCUGCAAUUCGACGAUGUCCACCUCGUAACCGGUAGUGCCGACAGGAGUAUACGCAUCUGGGAUCUCCGAACCGGCGCCAUUGCCGAUGCUUAUGCUUACGACCACCCCAUCACCAGCAUGAUGUUCGACUCACGCCGCAUUGUGUCUGCAGCGGGUGAGGACGUAGUCAAGGUUUACGAUAAAACGGAUGGAAGACACUGGAGCUGUGGACCCGGCGCCGACGAAAGCGACGAGACCAAGUAUCCCACCAUUGAGCAUGUUAGGAUAAAGGAUGGCUAUCUCGUUGAAGGACGCAGAGAUGGUACAGUUGGUGUGUGGUCGUGCUAG